CUGGCUAUAAAAGAUGUACAAAGGAGGCUCAUUAGGGUUACGAAAACAAAGUAUAGAUCCUUCGUGUUUCUUAUAUUUGUUGGGGAGAGUGCUAUGUUGUCUGCAAACGGUAGUUGCACUCUAAACGAUAUGCCCUUCAAUAAUGCUAGCAGUUGUUAGUUUUUCAGAGCUUUUGCCAUCAAAUUCAAAGUGAUUGAGCAGUCUAACUAUCAACAACCAUGAUUGCAACAGAUUUGUACAAGAAAAGAAUUACCCACAUAGUCAAAGAUGGAUUAAUGGCUAAAAUAAAUCCUGCAAAUAUGAUGGUCACUUGACGCAAAAGGGAAGAAAAAAAAGGAGACUGGUGGGAUGAUGCCCCAGUACUUUAUUCAAUUGAAAUUUCAAUUGAGUUACUAAAUCUAAGUGAUAUAUUCAAAGUGGCAAAUUGUUGAAAAGAUGAAUUUGUAGUAGAAUUUGAGUAUUUGUUGAACUGCAUCCUAAAUAUGUGUGCAGUUAAAUCAUUUAGUUCUUAGUGAUUGAUUGCAUCCUUCAAGUAGAACUACAUGUUAUGGGAAAAGCAUGUUCAAAGGUUAUUUCACAAACAUGCGUGCAUAAUUCUUAUUAAAUCUACUCAUAGAAAAAGAAGUCUCAUGUCUAUUUUAUAUGAAUCAUGGAGGGAUGCGUAUGCAAUAUAAAACUGAAAUAGAUAAUGAAGGUCUUGUUAGUUAUCUGAAGUCCAAUGGAUUCAUUUUCUUUUUCUUUUAAUUGUUUGUAUUUUUAAUUUCUUCCCGAGAUGGAGAUGGAUAGAGUUAUGAAUAAUGCAUUCAUUUGGUAUUCAUUACUGAAGUAAUUUCUUUGUUGUUGUAUGUGUAAAAAAAACAAUUGAUAAGACUCAAAAAUUAUCCCGUGAUGUCUCCCGCUCAGAAGUUUUCAAAUUCUCCCUCCCCUGCUCGCGUCGAAUCCUCUGCUGCGUUGGCUGCGCAGGGCGUCAGUGCUCGGAAGGAGUUCGGUGUGGAUCCUCACGCCGACGGGGAGUCUUCUAAUUUUAGGGAUGAUGCCUCUCGGCCCUCGGCCGCCCCUGCAGGGGAUCUUGGUGCCAAGGGCUCCUCGUCUCAUUUGGUGGGUUCGUUCCGGAAACUAAAUCCAUAUCCGUCAAUCUAUACGGCACAAGAAAUUAUUUAUAACGCUUCUAUCCUCUUUUUACAUGGUGCGAUCUACCAGUUACCUUCUCUUCCUCAGCUGCACGCUUGGAUAUCUGAACAUUGGGAGCCUCUUAUCAUGGAGGAAGUGGGAGAUGCCCUUGCUGAUUUUUUGAUGGUGGAUGUUAAACCCUCUGAUAUUUUCCACUGCACCUUUGCCCGCAUACUUAUUGAUUUGGAUAUUUCAAAUGGGUUGCCUGCUAAAAUUUUACUUAAAUCUUCAAAGGGUUCUUGGGUCCAAUCUUUGGACUAUGAAGGGAUUCCCUUUCGUUGUACAAGAUGUUUUAAAACUAGGCAUGCAGCUGAGCAUUGCAGCUUUGAAAAAAAGGCAAUUAAGGCCACAUGGUGGAAAGGCACUUAUGUACAACAUUAUAUGGUUUCGAAGAUAUCUGAUCAACCUAGGAGUUUUUUUGAGGUGGUUACUUUGGAACCAUAGGAUCUUGGGGCAUCCCCUUUGGUUGUAUCUCUUGGUGGGGCUGCUAAAACUGUGCAAGUGUCUCCUGAUGUUUCCCGAGUGAAUGGGACUCAUGAGGCUUCUUCUAGAGAUAAUGAUUUGGCUAUCAUUCCUGGCAGGUCUCCUGAAAAUACCAAAUUUGCCAACUCUUCUGAUAUGGCCUUGCUUGUUUUGUCCCCUGCUGAUACUGGGGUUUUGUCGCCUGUUGGUUCUAGCGUGGCUGUGUUUGUCGGGUUGAGGUGGACUGGUGAUGUUGGGGUUUUUCCUUUUUCGUCCACUAGUUCUGGUGAGGCUAAGACAAUGGUUGUUGGCAUUCAUUCUCAGGAUUUUGGUGUGCUAGAUUGGCAUAUUAAGGCAGUGCAAGUGGAAGAGGGAUGUAUUUUUGUUAAGGUAAAGAAAGCUAAGUUCUCUAAGCCUUCUUUUGACAUGACUCUCCAUUCCCAUAAGAACAAUUCUAAAUGUAAAUCUUGAUGGUUCUUGGGUGGAGAAUGGUUUUAGGUUGGCUGUUGGUUGUUCUUUUUGCAACUUUGUUUUAGGUUGUGGGGGCCUAUUUUUUUAAAACCCAUGUUUUCGGUUCUGGGUGUCCUUUUUACCCAUGGUUAUCUGGUGCUUUCUUGUUCCUUUUAUUCAAACAAAUUUCUGGUUGAAAGUUCCAAAUCCUCUCAAAAUAUGUUUGUAAAGGGUUUCGGGUCCCUUCA